AUGAGUCGUACAGCCAAUGGAGUCUCACUGUCUCUCUCUCACACUCACUCACUCACGUACGCCAUGAGACACAACAACACUCAAUCACAACAAAGCGUAACGCUUGAACGGCACUUCCUUUUCCUUUUCGUCUCAUUAAUGGACGGUAUGGCCGACCAGAAUGAGAGGGCGUUUCAGAAGCAGCCGACAAUCAAUUUGAACCGAAAGCCAGUGAUUGGUAAACAGAAAGUCCGCAAAAGUGUGCGAUAUGUCCGCAAUGUUGGCCUCGGAUUCAAGACUCCCCGCGACGCACUGGAGGGCACGUACAUCGACAAGAAGUGUCCGUUCACUGGCAACGUUGCCAUUAGAGGUCGUAUUCUGCGAGGAGUUGUGGUGAAGAUGAAGAUGCAGAGGACUAUUGUUAUCCGCAGAGACUAUCUUCACUACAUCCGCAAAUACAACCGCUUCGAGAAACGACAUCGCAAUAUGUCUGUCCAUUUGUCGCCCUGUUUUAGGGACGUAGCACCGGGCGAUUCGGUGACAGUUGGCGAGUGUCGACCCCUCAGUAAGACUGUGCGCUUCAAUGUGUUGAAAGUGACCAAAUCUGCUGGCGCUAAGAAUUGUGUGGACGGCAGGGGUCGUGGGUGUGCUGUGGGGGCGGCAGUAGUGAUGCAAUGGGUGUUGAUGUGUGACACGAGCAUUUGUGAACCAAUUUCACCCAAAUCUGCGCCAAUGUUGAACUCGACAGCGUCUCCACUGUCAGGCCUGUCAGCCCUGUCAGGACCGCCUUAUUUCGUCGAUUUACAUGUAAAUCCGGGCGAAUCCGUUUCAAUACAACUAUUCGACGGCAAUGAGACUAUACUCCGCGGUCCGGCCACUAUCACCAUGAUAUCUCAACAUACAUUCCCUCCCAUCCCUAUGCCUGUCCAGGUACCGCCGGGACAUAUGAUCCAACAGAUAGUUGACGAGAACGGCCAACUCCGACAGAUCAUACUGUCCGCUCACCCCAAUGGCAACACCAACCCAUCAAACGCUGCUCUUAUGCCACAACAGCAGCAACAACAACAGCAACCCUUUCCCUACUGCUGCUGUUGUAGCUAUAGUUGUAUGGGAUCGGCACAGACAGCACCAGUACCUCCACCGCUGCCACCGCCCCCUCCGCCUCAGCUGAGGCACAACAUCCUAGCGUUUCCAACGCCACAAACUCGUCGCCGAAUCAAUCCAAUGAACCGUACGUUUUCUCCGGCGGGUAAGCGUACGGCUCCGACCUAUUUGAACAACAACUCUAUAGGAAAGUCUCCCAUUCGGCACAAAUUGGGCUCAACAGCCGGUGCUUCAGUUGACGGCGUUUCCAAAGUGUCGUUCUCUAACACCAAACACACGACUCCUUCUGAUAGCAAACCGUAUGAACUGAACAGCAAUCGAGUGCUCGUCGGAAGAGUGACUCCCGCAGAGAACGACUGCCUUUCCCUCUCUGACCCGAAACAUGUUCUCAAUAAAUCCUUUGACACAAUUAACAAAGAAGUGAUGGAUUGCGGAAUCAAUAGCAAAGAACUUAUCGAAAGCAAUGGUUCGGUUGUAUCAGCGCCACGACCUGCCCCUCCAUUCUCCUAUACAAGUCUGGAAGAGCACAAACAGUUGAACCAUUCGAUCGACUCAACCAAUUGUUCUCAUUUUGAAUCUUCAGAAAAGCCUUCAAUCCUUUUGGAAAUAAAUCUCUCUUCCAAUGAUUCCAGAGUUCAGAACAACAUUAGUGCGGAUAUUGUCGAAGAAGUCGAUGAAGAAGAAGACGAUGAAUUAGAGGAAUGCGACCAAUCGUCCAACGAAUGUGAAAAUGAGUUGAAAAAUAGCGAAAAUAGUUUAACGAACAAUAAGAAUGAGGAGCAGAUGGUGGAGCCGUCGCCAACCAUUGAACAACUGUCGUCUCAAACACACGAAGAAUCUCUUAUUAGCGCCGAAUUGGAAGACAAGUCUAAUGAGAAUUUGUCUGAAGAUAGCGAUCAAACGAUUGACAAAAACUCUAAUGAAUUUAGGAAUACUCUGAAUGACAUUCAAUCGAUGAACUCUUGCAUAUCGUAUGUAAUGCAAGACAAUCCCAAUGAAGAGAUGAUUAAGAUUGAGACAACGGAACCCUCUCUGAGUCGCUGUCAAUCGCUGGCCAAUCACUUCCAUACGGACACAAUCUAUAGUAUUAAUCAAACCGAAUGCCAAUUAAACAAAACCGAAGACAUCGGUGUCGUCGAGGAAAUGGAUUAUUCCAUUGAGUCUUCGGAUGAGAAUCAGACAAAAGAAAGUAUUAAUAGUUUAACGAAAUUAAGUGAUGACGAGAACGAGGAAAUGAACGCCAAAAAUACGUUAGCGUCGGAAGGGGUGCCGGUGUUGCAGAGGUCUCCCAAGCAUUUACUGCCUCAGCUCGAGCUCCUAAAUCUCACCUAUACUUCAUUGACUGCCAACACCGUUAAGUUAAAGUGGGCGCACUCGGAGCCCCAACCCUCAGGCGAGAACCUGUACGCCAAACACUAUGUGGUCGAGAUGUUGCUGAACAAGUGCAGCAAUGGUGGCACCGGUGAGUCAGGACAGGUGGGCGGUGGCACGGGUGGGUCCGGGUCGGGGCCCAACAGUCGGAUCGUAUAUCAGGGCCACUGUGCGAACUGUCGCGUAUCGCACCUGUCGUCUCAACAACAGUAA